AUGGACGACCGGCCGACUCCAGAUGUGCCAGGUCGCUUUCGUACCCAAUCAACAAUCUCGUCAAUGAGGGAGCAUAUUCUCACCGGCCGUGACGAACACGACAGCGACCAACGUACUACGCCAGGUGCCACUGUAAUGGGACAUCGAAACAAUGAUACCGCUUCCUCUGAAGAGACAGCCGUCGCCCCCAACUCGCCGGGAGAGGCAUCGUACCAAGCAGCCGCAAGCCGCCAUAGCGACCCUCGAAGCAUGUCGUCCGCGUCAUCGGCUACUGAUACAUCAGAUGAUUCCGCGGCAGGAAGAACCGACUCCAGAUUCGAACCGCUGAGGGCAGCCCCUACAGCUGAAGACAAGCGGCCCCGACUUGAGCGAAGUAUUCAAUCCGAGGACGAUUUGUUCAAUGUCUUGUCUCGUAGGCGAACAAGUGCUUCUGGCAAGUCUGAGGCCCAGCUUCAAGAGGAAAAUGACGAAAUAGAGCGACUCAUGUCUCGAAUGUUCGGCCAGGCUCGACAGGAACACAGUGAAGAAGAGAAAACCCGUCACAGCGGAGUCAUAUUCCGUGGGUUGACCGUGAAAGGGGUUGGGUUGGGCGCCAGUCUCCAGCCAACUGUCGGCGAUAUUUUCCUUGGCCUGCCGCGGAUGCUCAAAACUCUCUUUACCAAAGGUGCAAAAGCAGCCCUUGGUAAGCCCCCUGUGCGAGAACUACUGAGUAAUCUGGAUGGUUGUGUUAGACCUGGGGAAAUGCUGCUGGUCCUUGGAAGGCCGGGUUCGGGCUGUUCGACCUUUCUCAAAGCCUUCUGCAACCAGCGAGAGGGAUUUGAGGCGGUACAGGGAGAGGUUACCUAUGGUGGCAUCGACGCAAAGACCAUGAAAAGAGAUUUUCGGGGAGAAGUCAUCUACAACCCCGAAGACGACCUUCAUUAUCCCACAUUGACAGUCAAGCACACUCUCAUGUUUGCCCUGAAGACUCGAACUCCCGGCAAAGAGUCGAGAUUAGAAGGGGAAUCUCGUGCAGAUUACAAGAGAGAGUUUUUACGGGUAGUAACCAAACUGUUCUGGAUUGAGCACACUCUGGGUACCAAAGUCGGCGAUCAAUUUGUUCGAGGAGUUUCAGGGGGUGAAAAAAAACGAGUCAGCAUAGCCGAGGCUAUGAUUACCAGAGCUUCGGUUCAGGGCUGGGACAACUCCAGUCGAGGUUUAGAUGCGAGCACCGCUCUUGAAUACGUCCAGUGUAUUCGCACACUUACCAAUAUGGCACGUACUUCCACAGCGGUGUCCCUAUAUCAAGCCGGAGAGUCUUUGUACCAACUUGUGGACAAGGUCCUGCUGCUUCACGAAGGACAGUGUCUGUAUUUCGGGUCUGCUGAUGACGCCAAAGAAUACUUCAUCAACCUUGGUUUCGAAUGCAAACCACGCUGGACGACGUCUGAUUUCUUGACCUCGGUCACCGAUCCGCAUGCCAGAGCUGUCAGGAAAGGGUGGGAAGAUCGAAUCCCACGCGAUGCAAACGAAUUCGCCGCUCUCUACCGCAAAUCCGAGGUCUAUCAACGCAAUCUCCAAGAUAUAGGCGAGUUUGAAGCACAGUCAAAGGAACAACGGGAAUCUCGUGAGCAGAAAGUCUCGAAGCAUGAGAAGAAGAACUAUGCCAUUCCUUUUCACAAGCAAGUGCUCGCGUGUACACAGCGACAGUUCUUGGUCAUGCUGGGCGACCGAGCUUCGUUGAUUGGGAAGUGGGGAGGUAUUGUAUUUCAGGGACUGAUCGUGGGAAGCUUGUUCUUCCAGAUGCCGGAAACAACUGCUGGUGCCUUUCCCAGGGGUGGAGCCAUUUUCUUCGUCCUUCUUUUCAAUGCUCUGCUGGCUUUGGCAGAAAUGACUGCUGCUUUCACUUCGAAACCGAUCCUUCUGAAGCACAAAUCUUUCUCCUUCUACCGUCCUGCAGCAUACGCCUUUGCACAAACAGUCGUUGACAUACCCUUGAUAGCCAUCCAGGUCCUCCUUUUCAACAUCAUCAUAUACUGGAUGGCUGGGCUUGCUGCUUCUGCUUCUCAGUUCUUUAUCUCCUGUUUCAUCAUCUGGACUGUCACGAUGGUCACCUACGCUUACUUCCGUAUGAUCUCCGCUCUCUGCAAGACUCUAGACGAUGCUACGCGAUUUACCGGCGUCUCGAUCCAAAUAUUAGUCGUGUAUACGGGCUACCUCAUUCCACCCGAUCAAAUGCGUGUCUGGUUCAGCUGGCUUCGACGAAUCAACUGGAUACAGUAUGGGUUCGAAUGCCUCAUGGCAAAUGAAUUUACUGGUCUGAUUAUGGAAUGCGUACCUCCGUAUUUGGUCCCUCAAGGGCCGAAUGCACGGCCUCAGUAUCAGUCAUGCACAUUAGCUGGCAGUGAACCGGGUCAAACUACGGUGAAUGGAGCUCGAUACAUCCAACAGGCUUUUGGAUAUACCCGGUCUCAUCUCUGGCGCAAUUUCGGCUUUCUAUGGGCUUUCUUCGCAUUUUUCCUUGCAGUGGCCGCUUACGGCAUGGAGAGAAUGAAGCCCAACGCGGGUGGCGGUGCGAUUACUGUCUUCAAGCGUGGUCAAGUUCCCAAGCGAGUGGAACAGACCAUUGAAACAGGCGGCCGAGACAAGAACUCUAGAGGGGACGAGGAGUCCGGUGUUUCGCCUCCUGCAAAUCUUGUCGAGAAGGUUCUCACUCCUGGUAGUCAAAGCACCGAGUCUACGAGCAUAACGCAGGACAAUACUCUGCUGGAACAUGUGGCCAAGAACGAGACGGUCUACACCUUCCGUGACAUCAAUUACACGAUCCCAUACGAGAAGAGUCAGAGGAAGCUUCUCCAGAAUGUCCAAGGAUAUGUUCGCCCAGGCAAACUCACCGCCCUGAUGGGUGCCAGUGGUGCUGGAAAGACGACACUGCUGAAUGCUCUUGCUCAGCGCAUUAACUUCGGUACUGUCACAGGCGAAUUUCUAGUCGACGGGCGGCCGCUGCCCAGGUCUUUCCAGCGUGCUACAGGAUUUGCCGAACAGAUGGACAUUCACGAACCGACCUCGACAGUAAGAGAAGCACUUCAAUUUUCGGCUCUACUCCGUCAGCCCAAAGAGGUACCGGUCAAGGAGAAGUACGCGUACUGUGAGACAAUCAUCGAUCUGCUUGAAAUGCGAGACAUUGCCGGAGCGACGAUCGGAACAGUUGGCGAGGGCCUGAACCAGGAACAGAGGAAGAGGCUCACGAUCGGCGUCGAGCUAGCUAGUAAACCCGAGCUUCUCAUGUUCCUGGAUGAACCGACUUCAGGCCUUGACUCUGGCGCAGCAUUCAACAUUGUGAGAUUCUUGAGGAAGCUGGCAGAUGCCGGCCAAGCUAUUCUCUGCACGAUCCAUCAGCCGUCGGCCGUGCUAUUCGAACAUUUCGACGAGCUACUCCUGCUCAAAUCUGGCGGGCGGGUUGUAUAUCACGGCCCUCUUGGCCAUGAUUCACAAGAGCUCAUUCAUUACUUUGAGAACAAUGGAGCGCGAAAAUGUCCUCCAGAUGCCAAUCCUGCAGAGUACAUGCUCGAAGUGAUUGGUGCAGGUGACCCCAACUAUAAAGGCAAAGACUGGGGUGAUGUUUGGGAACAAAGCACCAACUACCGAGCUCGAUCUGACGAGAUCUCCGAAAUGAUCGAACGCAGGAAGAAUGUGGAACAUAGCAAGAAUGUCAGGGACGACAGAGAAUACGCCAUGCCGCUCCGGACACAGACUACAGCGGUAGUCAAGAGGUCGUUCGUUGCAUACUGGCGAACGCCCAACUAUAUUCUCGGCAAAUUCAUCCUGCAUAUCAUGACUGGCUUGUUCACUACCUUCACCUUCUACCACCUUGGCUUUGCCUCUAUCGACAUGCAAUCACGUCUCUUCGCUGUUUUCCUGGUGCUCACAAUCUCUCCACCACUCAUCCAGCAAUUACAACCUGUUUUCAUUCAUUCUCGGGACACGUUCCAAUCACGAGAGAACAAGGCAAAGAUUUACAGCUGGUUUGCCUGGACGACGGGUGCUGUACUCGCUGAAAUUCCUUAUUCGCUAGUCGCCGGAGCUAUCUUUUACUGUUGUUGGUGGUUUGGAAUCGCCGGAUAUCGUUCCUCCACCUCGUCUUUCACCUCAGGAUUCCUCUUGCUCUGUAUACUCCUCUUCGAGUUAUACUAUAUCAGCUUCGGCCAGGCUAUCGCCUCGUUUGCGCCAAACGAAUUGCUCGCGAGUCUAUUGGUCCCAGUAUUCUUCCUGUUUGUCGUGAGUUUCUGUGGUGUCGUGGUCCCACCGCAGCAGCUGCCAGAAUUCUGGCGGAGUUGGAUGUAUUGGCUGACGCCCUUCCACUAUCUUCUUGAGGCUAUGCUCGGGGUAAUCAUUCACAAUCAACCCGUUCGCUGUAACCGGGGAGAGUUUGCUCGAUUCAGUGCACCGCCUGGCUAUACGUGUCAAUCCUAUACACAACAAUAUAUUGCUCAAGCUGGCGGCUAUGUCCAGGUCGGAGCAGAUGGUCUUUGCGAGUUCUGCCAGUAUGAGACUGGGGACCAAUUUGGACACGGGUUUUCGGUCUAUUACUCUCACCGUUGGCGCGACUUUGGAAUUUUCAUCGGGUUCAUCAUGUUCAACUAUGCCGUGGUUUACACCAUGACCUUCCUAAGGUUCAAGGCAAAGAAUCCGUUCAAGAUGCUAUUGAGGAAAGGGAAACAAAUGGACGCGUAA